UGCAAAUAUGAAUUUAGAGGACAAGAAUCUAUCGUUUCAAUUUUAUAAUUACUUAUGUGACAUCGUUGUUUCUGAGGAAGUUGUAAGGACAAGAAGAGAGAUAUUUACUGCUAAGGACAUUGUUGAAAGUAAUACAAGUGUAACCUUAUUAAGUAGUGCUAGUAAAGCAGAAGGUAUUUAUCUCAAAGGUAGUGAUUUCGAUCAGAUGAUUCUUCUAAAAGUUAUUCGUGUGUAUGAAAGCUUUAAUAAUGUCCAGUAUGAUCCAUAUAGAAUAAUAUUGUUUAUGGAUACAAACGACACAAAACCUGGAUUUACAAAACUGAAGUUAGCUAACGAGUUAUUCUUUGAUAUUGGCAUAAUAUGUGACUGGUUUGAGACUGUGGGAGAAGAAAAGUACAUUUCAAGUAAACGUUUUCGGGAACAAAACUUAGAAGAUGGCAUGGUUAUUCAUGCACCAUGUCAGUCAACACCAGGUGGUGGAUUGGAUUAUGCAUCUUGUUUAAGAUGUAAAGAACGGAUAUCACAAGCUCAACAAUGGAUUUCCAGAUCACGUACAACAUGGCCACAUGACACAUUAGCUACCUCAGCUGUACAAUAUGGAGUUUUAUUUGUUCCUAUUGGAUGUUAAAAUUCCCCAAAUGAGGACUUACAAUGGCGGGUAUCGUUUUCUGUGACCGAAAAAAUGUUGAUUCAUUCCUUUUGCCAUACUCAGUUAUUAUGUUAUGCGUUACUUAAAAUCAUUUUAAAGGACAUAAUCAAACCCAAACAUGGGGAUCUUCUUUGUUCUUAUUUCCUUAAAACAAUAAUGUUUUGGUUGAUUGAGGAAACAGGUCCAUCAAAAUGGAAACCUAGGAAUAUGAUAUUUUGUUUUUUUGGAUUGUGUCAGGAGAGUAAUUUACUGUGUGGAAUAUAGAACAUGUCUUCAUUACUUUAUUCCAGAAAACAAUCUGUUUGAAGAUAGAUUUACUGACAACCAUCAUAAUGCAUUGCUGGAAACACUUCGGUCUAUUUAUGGAUCGCCGUUGAUUUCUGUGUUUCAUACGACAACUUUUCAAUAUUUCUUAUCAGAAUCAGUAAGUUUUCGUAGAAUGACAAUAACUGCGUCGGAAUUGUCCUGUUUUACUUAUAUAUGUAUGUGUAUGCAUGAUGAAAAUUCCAUUCGAAUUUUAUCUAAAAGAUUUUUUGAUGGUUACAAUUAUAUUUUAAAAAAAGAAAUGUGUGUGUAUAUGUUAAGUGUAUGUUUUAGAAAAUCUAUACAUACUUCUGAUCAUCUUAAGAUGACGAACAGAAACAAAUCUUUUUACAAACAAAUCAAGAGAACAUUUUGCUAUUUCAAGAUAAGUUUACAUAGCGAUUCAAGUUCCUCCUGGUUAUUUUUAGCAUCUUUAUUUUAUAAAUGUACACGAGUUAAGGAAUGUCUCGAUAUUAUCAGUUAUAGUUUAACCAUUUAUACCCCUGAUAAGAUACAUCUAAAAAUUCACAACAGCUUGGCGGAACAAACUAUAUUCAAGAAAAUGAAGCAAAAAUUUGGAUUAUUGCUAACGUUUAAAAAUUUGAUAAUUGAAGUUGUAUGUUUUCGACACCCGUUUUGUUUA